AAAAUAAAGAGAAGCUGUUCAAACUUCGCUUGUCAGGCCCUUUGUCUUCAAUCUUUCCAUGCUUAGCACACUCUUUCAUUCUAUGAAGGGAAUUGCAGAGGCAUUCAGAGGAAUUUCGUGAAUGAUAAGAAGACACUAGAAUAAAGGUAUCUACAGAAGGUCCACCCAACCAACUUGAGUAAGAGUAACUGAGAAGAAGCAUUGUGUUUGGGCUUUGAAGUAAGAAGAGCCCAAACAAACAAAAGAAGGUAAAGCGCACCCUGAAAAAAAACCACCCAUGCAAGGCAACGCCAUCAAACCUCGUCCGCCUGUUCUCUACAAGGUCAUAGCAAUCUUCCUCCUUUUAGCAGGUGUCACAAUUCUUACACUCUGGCUCGUCUACCGGCCCUAUAAACCAAGCUUCCGUGUGGUUGGGGCUGCCAUUUUCGACCUCAACGCCACUUCACCACCAUUUAUUUACAUCUCCAUGCAGUUCACUCUCGUCACUAGAAAUCCUAACACGAGAGUUGACAUAAUUUACGAGAAAUUGUCUGCAUAUGUUUCGUAUCGAGACCAGCAAAUAACGCCACCCGUAACUUUGCCUCCGCUUUAUCACGAGACAAAGAGCACAGUGGCGAUGUCUCCAGUUUUGGGUGGUGUGCCUGUGCCUGUGUCGGCGGACGUGAUGAAUGGCUUGGUGAUGGAUGAGAGUUAUGGAGUGGUGAGCAUGAGAGUUGUACUUUUAGGCAAGUUAAGAUGGAAAACUGGAGCUAUAAGGACAGGGAGAUACGGAGUCUAUGUGAAAUGUGAUGUUUGGGUUGGUUUGAAGAAGGGUUUUGUAGGUCAAGUUCCUUUGCUUGGUGCUCCUCCAUGUGAAGUUCAGGCCAUAAAGCUGGUGUCGGCUUAACAGGGAUAAUGAAAGGCUCGAUCAUGUAGUGAA